AUGGUGUACGGAACAACAACAACAACCACCACCACGCCUCCCGUACCAGCCGUGCAAAACAAUUUUUUGCAGGAAAUCCCACCGGAACCAAUUCCGGAGGAAGAGCAGGAACGAUUGCAGAAAGAUGACCCAGCAUGCGCACACCACCAAAAGGGAUUCAAGCAAGCAUUGAAGGCGUUCUAUUAUAGGAAUUUCGGCUUAGUAUUGGUCUUUGUGGCGCAGACAUGUGGAUCGAUCAUGAACACAGCGGCCAAACUGCUGGCGACUGGAUAUGAGACGAAGCUUCAUGCUAUGCAAAUCAUUUUUAUUCGAAUGCUGUGCACGACGAUUCUGGGGAUGCUGUACAUGGCGUAUCACAAGACCCCUGACUUCCCACUCGGUCAGAGGGGAAUCAGAGGAUUGCUGGUACUCCGCGGAUGUUGUGGUUUCAUCGGGCUGUUUGGGCUUUAUUACUCAUUGUCAUGGCUAAACAUCUCCGACGCCACAGUCAUAACCUUCAUAGUCCCCACUCUCACAGCACUAGUCUGCUUCCUCUGGCUCCGCGAACCCUUUACCAUCCACGAAGCCAUGGCCGCGCUCAUCGCAUUCAGCGGCGUUCUGCUUGUUGCGCGUCCAACAUGGCUCUUUCCCAAUCCACCCGUGGAUCCUAUCACUGGCGAGCCAGAGCCCAGCGUGCUCUCCUACAUCGUGAACUCUGUACCUGCAACAACACCAACUCCCGUCUCCCCAACCCAAAGAACACUGGCAGUCCUCGCAGCUAUUCUGGGCACAUUUGGAGCGAGUACUGCGUAUGCUACGAUCCGUGUAAUCGGCAAACGCGCACACUCACUCAUCUCCGUGAACUAUUUCGCCUUCAUCGCGACCAUCGGGUCCGCGCUUGUGCUGCUUGUACAUCCAGACUUGCACUUCGUCAUGCCUGAAAGUGCAGGGCAGUGGGGUUUGAUUGCCGUCAUUGGACUUACGGGCUUCCUCUUGCAGUUUUUGUUGACUGAAGGAUUGCAGAGGGAGAAAGCGGGCAGAGCCACCAACCUGAUGUACCUGCAAUUGGUGCUCGCAUUGGUUAUCGAACGAGUGAUCUGGGGGACUACACCUCCACUCGAAAGCUUUGAGGGAGCGCUGCUCAUCAUUGGUGCAGCGAUCUGGAUUACGCUGCAGAAAAACACUACGACGACGGAUGAGGGGAAGAAGGUUGUGGAUGAAGAGAGCAGUUUGUUGGGCAGAAGCGAGGAAAGGCAAAGCAGAUGA